AUGGCCGCUGAGAACAUCUCGGCCUUACAGUUGAAGAAGGGGGUCAAAAGACAUGAACCUACGUUCCUGGCUACCAUCUGCAUUGAAGAUAUAGAACUUUCCUCGGGUCAUAUUCUUGCACCUGUGAAGGAGCUUCUACUAGAGUUUGAAGACCCAAACACUGGAAGAACACCUGGAGCACUUGCAGAAGGUCCUAGCCCAAUUGCAGGAGCACAAAUUAUAUGCGAAGCUAUCCAAGUGAUCCUUUGCUCAAAACAAAUUGACUUCCUCGAACAUUUCGUCGAGGAAGGGCAGAUCAAGAUGGACCAACAGAAGAUUCAAGCUAUCACAGAUUGGUCGCCGCCUAAGGAUAUCCACGCCUUGAGGGCAUUCCUUCGCCUAUGCAACUUCUAUCGGUGA